CAAGGCAUCCGAACCCCCAACUUCCAAAUCGUCUCCGACAGACGCGGUAAGUUCCACCCCCUCCCCCCCUCCCUUCCCCACCCACUCACUCACUUUCUCCCAGGCGGCCGCACAGCCUGGAGCUGCGUCGUCAGCAUCGCCGGCGCCGGCUCCUUCCCGGCUCGUUUCUGGUACGAUGGAACAUACAUCAACAAUGCACGCGAAGAUGCGGCCGAGAAGGCGUUGCAGAUGUUA